AAGUAAUCAUUAUCUGCAAAGAAUCGUUUGUAUAAAAACUGCCCCACCGAUUCACCAAGCACACUCAAUACAAUUAACUAGUAAAAUGAAGUUCCUAGUUUUGCUCGGCGUUGUUUGCGUGGCUGCAGUUAACGCUGCUCCCACUAGUGACCAGGGCUGGAUUGUAAUCCCAGGGGUGGACGGCAAGCGUAAUCUGGCCUUAUUGGACGUGCCUGACUUCAAAGCGGAUCUCACAGACCCAUACACUCAAAUCACCUUCCAUCUGUACACAAGGAGCAACCGCAACACCCCCGUGCAAAUCUUUGUGAACAGCUUGAAUGGCGCACCCUUCGACGCUGCAAAAGCCAACAAGUUUGUCGUCCACGGCUUCACUGACACCACUUUUGAAGGAUGGGCUCUUUCAAUCAAAAACAAGUUUUUGGAUCAAGAAGACUGCAACGUGAUCCUUGUCGACUGGUCUGAGCCUGCUCAGGGGCCACUCUACAACGAGGCAAAAGCUAACGCUAAACCCGUUGGCGAGUACGUCGCACAGUUGCACGACUUUUUGGCGAGCAACGGGCACAAUGUCGGCAACUCUCACUGCGUCGGACACAGCCUCGGUGCCCACGUUUGCGGCUUCAGCGGCAAGGCCUCUUCCACUGGCACUCUUGGUCGAGUGACCGGCAUGGACCCCGCUCUCCCCCUGUUCAGUUACGACGACCCUACGACCAGGUUGGCGUCCACGGACGCUAGUUACGUUGACGUGAUUCACAGCUGUGCAGGCUGGCUGGGCUUCGAAAGGCCGCUCGGCCACGCCGACUUCUAUCCUAACGGAGGAAGCUUCGUUCAGCCUGGCUGCGGAGCAGAUCUCACUGGUGCUUGCAGCCACGGAAGAUCUCAUGAGUUCUUUUUGGAAUCCGUCACUUCCAACCAAUUUGUCGCGAAAGAAUGUGAUACAUGGGACAACUUCCAGGGCGGUGCGUGUGCCGGCGCGUCUGAGGCCAUCAUGGGAAAUCCAUCCAGCACAAAUUCCAGAGGCACCUUCUACUUGGCCACUAGCGAUAGCACACCAUUCGCUCUGGGUUAAGCUACUUAAAAUGUACAAAUUUAUUUUAAAUAAAAUGUGACUGAAUUUUUUAAGAAAAAUA